AUGGACGCAUUUAACGCUACAGAAGCGGAAGACACAGAUCAUAUCAUCUUCAUCACCGAAAUCGAACAAGGAAACGGCGCGGUGUACUUAGAUCAGUACUAUCUUCUUAGUGACGAUUUACGAAUUCUCUUGACAGAUACAGGAGUACCACCAGAAUUACAAAACGAGGAUAUUCCCGCCCUUGAGGAGCAGAGAAUUCCCGAACUCGCGAAUAUGCCUGUAUCUUCGGAGAAAAAGGAUGCAAUUAGAGCACUUCUGAAGCCAGUCGAUAGAGGCACAGAUGAUCUGAGUCCUUGUUUCUGCAACGAACCAUACGCAGAAGCUACAGCGAAAAUAUACAAUAAUUCGCACGGACCGGUUAAGAUGCCAGAUUGCCCACAUAUUUUUGGGAAGUGUUGCAUCGUGAAAUGGUUGGGCGAAAAUAGCCCCUCGACUUGCCCGAUGUGUAGGAAAGUGGUUCAUUUACCGAGAGAUGGACCGGUAACGCGAAGUAGAACAGACGAUGGUUACAGUAUCAUUGACUAUCAUUUCUGA